AUGAAUAUUAUAUCAUAAAUACAACCAUAAAAGCCUGAGAUUGAAGAGAUGGUUUGUCAAAUUCAUAAAAGAGAGAUAGUAGCUGUAGAUCUAGAUUUAAAAGAAAAAGGUAAUUUUUAAUACUUGUGUUGCAUUUGCUUAGUUGAAAAAAUGAAUAAUAGCAAGAUAUCUACAAUUGAAUAGACGAAAGAGAGAAUAUAAUCCCUAAAGACAUAAAGAUAAGAAAAUAAGCCUAAAUAGAUCCAAGUAAGGUUGGAUCACUUCAAGAUUAUACUAGAUUAAAUAAUGGAGUUUAAAUGUAGUUUUGAUAAUGGAUUAGAAAAAAUAUAUAGUCAAAUAAAAGCUCAGAUAUUUACAAUAUAAAAAGAAAAAUAAUGUCUAUUAGACAAUUUUUAAAUAUAAGAUAAAUUUUAAGAGGAUGUUAAAUCGCUGUCUGAAUUUCUUUCAACUGAGAAUUAAGAAAACUAAUUAGAAUUUUAAUAGGAUAGUUAAUUUAUUGACGAAAUAGCUAAGCAAUUUGACCUUUUAUUGAAUGGCUCAGCAUAUUUCUAAACAAUUGACACUUUUAAGGAAGCUAAAUAGAAAAUUAAUGCAAUUAAUGAAAAUAACUAGAUCGAAUUAAAAUCUCUUCAAAAUUAGAAUAAUUAAGUAAAAUUUAUUAAACAUAUAAGAAAACACCUAGUUUAAACAAACUUUGCCCUACACAUAAUAAGGAGAUCAUUAUGAUUGACAUCGAUAGUGAAAAUAAAAAAAUAGAGGAUAGGUUUGUCUGCGUUGAUUGCAUUAGUGAUCAUCCGAAUUGCUAAUAUAGAACUAUUGAAAAAAUUAAUUAACAAUGGAAUCACGCAAAGAAACAGUAGGACAGGAUAUUUUCUGAAUUAAAGAUUAAAAGGUAAGAGAAAUAGAAAAAAAUGAAUUAAUAGAUUGCUGUGAUGAGAAAAAAUUAUAAUUAAUAACUGAAUGAAAUUAGCGAAAAAAUAAUCACAGAAUUUUCUUUACCAAUAAGCAAAACUGUUGAGUUUAAUAAAUUUAAAUAAAUCUCUCUAUAACAAGUAAGUAAUGAUGAAUUACUUUCAAAUAUCAAUUAAAUGAUUCUAAAUGACAAAGAAAAUUUGAUUCAGGAUUCUUAAAUUGAUUAUUUAAAAUCUAAAGAUGCUUUGUUUUAAAAAGAAAUUGAAAGUAGAUUAGAACAUUUAAAAUAACAUGAUUAAUUAGAUAUUUAAGUGUCUAUUAAUAUUAUGCAGGAUUUAUAAAGUAUUCAAAAAAGAUUUAUUUUUUUUUUAGAUGACAAUCAAAUCCAAGGGAUUGUUUAAUUAUAAUAAGAGAUUCAGGAGAGUUCCAAAGCAAAUUAAGGGUUAUUAAUUUUCAAGCAAGAUUUAGAUGAGCUUGUAAAUUCUUCAAAAUAUAUUUAUUCUUAAAAGAGUGUAUUGAAUGAAUCUAUACAGAAAUUGUAAGAGCACCUUACUAAAAUACAAACGUUUUGUUCUAAAAUACAAUAAACCUCAGAUAAUUUGCCUCUCACUAAUUUAUAAAAGUAUACUAAUGAUUAUAAGAAUAAGAUUGAGAAUGAUUUUAAAUAGGUUAUGAAAUUAUGUGAAAUAGAGAAACUAGAGAACAAUUUCUAAACUUUACAAAAAGACUAUGAAAAAUUAUAACUAGAGAGUAUCAAUAGUUUUCAAUUUAUUAGGAAACCAAUAUUUGGAGUCCAUCGAGAACGACUAUAAAUUGAAGAUAUUAAUGUAGAAUAGCAAUAUUGAGGAGCUUGAAGUACUUGUAAAAAAUAAUGAAUCUAAACUUAAAAUGAAAGAAGAAGAAGAGCAAUAGUUAAGCCAAAAGCUGAAUGAGCAAAUAACUAAUAAUGCUAAUUUGCAAUUAACAUUAAAUAAUUUACAAGCCAUGCAUGAGAAUGAAAUUCAAUCACUAAAUGACAAAAUAGCUUAAUCAAAUGACAAUAUCAAUAAAAUUCAAAAUUAGUUAGAUUUAAGAAUUAAGGAUAUAAAACCAACAUUGCUCAAGGAUGAUUUUUGGAUUCAAACUUUUUAUGAUUUAUAAGAAAAAUCAAAGAAAAUGAUAAAAAGUUCAACUUUAAUAUUUUAAGGUACAAAAAAUGGAUUAAAUGGAUAAUCUUUUUGGAAAGAAGUCAAUAAUAAAGACAAUCUACUCAUGAUUUUUCAAUCAAAAAGUGAUUAUAUCUUUGGAGCUUAUUCUCCUUGUAAAUGGGUAUCUAAUCUAAAUAAUUUUGUACAAGAUGAUACACUAUCAUCCUUUAUAUUUUCAUAAACACAUAAUUAAGUUUACCCUUUGAAGUAAGAUAGGAAGUAAUAUGCAAUUUAUUGUUAUUCUGGAUAUGGACCGACAUUUGGAGGUGGACAUGACUUUUACAUAGAUGUUAAUUUUAGUGAUGGUUAUUGUAAGUUAGGUCAUUCAUAUCAAUUUGAUUAAUAUAAAAAUUUAAGUGAAGAUCCUCAUUUAUAUGGAUAAAAUAAACCAGAAAUAAAGGAAUGUGAAAUUUAUUAAAUAUAAUUUAUUUGA